CAAUUCUGCAUGUACUCUGGUUUUAUGUGUAUGGAACUCUGUCCAUCUCAACAUUCCAGCAGUGCGGGAAGACAAAUGGGUCACUUAUCGACGUAAAAUAAAGUGGGUAAUUAUUGCUCUUCUGGCGCCUGAGCUCUUGGUCUUCACAGCGUUCCAGCAGUGGCUUGCAGCUCGGAAAUUUCUCAGAGAGCUCAAAUGCAUACAAGAUGAGCGAGCCCCGGAGAGCUCAUGGUACCUCUCACGAAAGCAGGAGCUUGAUAUGACGUACGCCUUUUAUGCUAUCAUGGGUGGUUUUGGAGUUGAUAUCAGCGGUUUCCACAACGCCUUGGAACACGCAACACUCACAACACAUGGCUUAUUACUACUCGCACGGAAAGGAUUCGGCCAAUAUCUGGAUCACGAAUUUAUUCCAGACAAAAGCAAACUCGACCUCUUGGCCAAGUUCCUUGUUCUCUUUCAAAUUAUCGAAGUGAUUGGAAACUUUAUUGAGCGCAAAACCAAGGAGCUUCCUGUGAGCCUUCUUGAAUACCAUACCAUUAUCCAUGUGGUCUGCGCGAUAGCCAUGUAUCUGCUAUGGCUCCGAAAGCCCUACGACGUCCAAUCUCCUACCAUUCUCAGUCAUGGUGAAUGGUUCAACGAGUUGGGGUACAUUGUGUCAAGCUCGGAUUGGGCUGGUUGUAGCGGAUUCGAAGAGGAGCGAUCGAAGAGAAGGAAAUGGCUGCUAAGUUACUCACAAACUCGUGAUCCCCCACUUGUUUGGUUUGGAAACCUCUUUCAACCACUGAAAGUUUUGUCAGACGCUCCUAUCCCUGGUACACAUCCUCUGGAUAGGGGUUGUCCCCACGUCCGAGCUCGCUAUGUUCGUGGCACAUUCCCACCGAGAGAAUCAUGGGUCGUUGGACAACAUGGCAUACUGGAGCCGCCCUUGGAUGUUCCCUACUACCCUGCAAACAAAGUAGAAAACACCUUUGUCCCAGCCAAAGGCCUCGAGGCCCUUUUCUUCUUGGAACCUGGCCAGUCUCUGACUACUGGUUUUGGUCUCACUGCGGCAGUCCCUUUCGCAGAUGUCAAUCAAUCCCCUUACCCACGCUACCGGGUGGGAAUAUCUCACAACGAUCUCCGCAGACUCGAAGCAGCGGGAGUAUUCUUCCGCGAAGUAGCUCAAUUGCGUGAAGACUCACCACUCAAGCGAUUUCUCAUCAACAACAAGGAAUUCGGCUCCUCGGAUCAUAGCCCAAAUCCAUUCUCCGACCACAGCAUUCGGCAUACCGGCCCUCGUCUGAUAUGUCAUCACGCAAGAAACUGGGCAGGCUUAGACGAAUUGUUCGACUGUCUUGACUCCAGCAGUGGUUGGUUUUGGGCUACAUUCGUUGCUGCAGUUAGUAUCCCUGGCAUGUAUGGCGGGGUUCACUUAAUCCCCAGCCUCAGUGCACCUUCCAUUUUCAGCACUAUGGCCGAGAUGAUACUUUGGAGAGUUUCUUGUCUUAUCUUGGUUGGUUUCACUUGCGUAUGUCUCUUUUGCGGUGUGAUGUAUGGGUUAAUAUUUGGUCCCCGCUCCCUCGAGGCGCUCUACUUGAAGUACCAAAUGAGGCAGGAAUUGGAAAUGUUUCGUCGUCGCGAUGUCUGGAGUCAGAUAUGGAAGAAUUUGUGGCUAGGUGGAGUUUCUUCUUUCAUCUGUUUAUCGCUAGCUGCUCGUGCUUUUCUAGUUAUCGAGUCGUUUGUUUCUUUGAGAAGGGUCCCGGAAGGUGUGUAUCAGACACCGGAGAUGAAUUUCAUUAGCUGGAUUCCUCAUCUAUCUUAGGGAUACAUCUUCCAGUAUAAAUAAAAGCCAGGACAUCUACG